AAAAUGGAGAUUAAGGUUGCUAACGAAACCAGGAUUCUCGAAGAACAUGAACACCCACUUCUUCAUCUUCAAGACGAAAACUCCCAAGAAGAAAAAACACUCGUACAAAGAGCCAUUAGCCAGACAUUUCAAAGCACAGCCCAUCUAGCCAAGCUAUUACCAACGGGCACAGUUCUUGCCUUUCAGCUUCUCUCGCCAAUUUUCACGAACCAAGGCCAGUGCGAUUCAGUCAGCCGGUCCACAACUUUGUUUCUGGUCUCAAUCUGCGGUCUUUCAUGUCUACUACUCACCUUUACCGACAGUUUCAAGGACAAAAAUGGAAACGUUUGCUAUGGGCUAGCCACUUACCGUGGGCUAUGGGUCAUUGAUGGCUCGGCUACUCUCCCAACAGAAGAAUCUUCGAAGUAUCGAAUCAAACUCAUAGAUUUCAUGCACGCCUUCAUGUCGAUCAUGGUUUUCGCGGCAAUUGCACUUUUCGAUCAGAAUGUUGUUAACUGCUUUUACCCGACACCUUCAAGGGAAGCAACUGAGUUACUUACACAACUUCCUGUCGGAAUUGGGGUCGUUUGCAGCAUGUUGUUCGUCGUUUUCCCAACUGAACGUCACGGGAUUGGCUUUCCCUUGACUACUGCGAAUUAGUCACACUUUUUACAACUUGAUUGAUCGGCAAUCGAGUUACUUGAAAAAAAAAGAA